UGUGGUUACUACCUAAGUAAACUGUGUUAGUGAAGUGAAAGUUUCAUAGUUUUUUACUUUGAAAAUAAAAGAAAAUUUGAAGAUUUUACUUGUCAAUCAUAAAACCCAAGUGUUUUUUUGAUUCUGCUCGACACUGUGCUCUGUAACCAGCCUCUGCCAAGUUUAGCAUUUCUUGUCAUCAAUUAAGUGAAGUGAAAUUCAUAAUGGUUGAGACUUCUGCAGCGCUGAUUCAAGAUAGCUCAGACACUCAGACGCAAUUUGGCAAUGCUCGACAAUUGGACCCAUCCGACAGCAUUUUUGUCUUCAAGGAUACUUUGUCAGACUACGAAGAACCACCAUCGGACGACGAAGAGUUACAGGUGGAGCUCAAGCCGACGAUAGCGGUGACGGCGGCCCAGGCCGCGAAGCUGCCCGAGAAAAGAAAGGGCGAGGACAUCGAGGCCAAUAAGGAUUUGAAAAAGGCGAAAUUGGAAACGAAGGCGCUGAAAGCAAAAAGGCCCGGCUUCACCGACGAGAGGUACAACGAGACCAGUUACUACAUCGAAAAUGGUCUGCGUAAGGUCUAUCCGUACUACUUCACCUUCACGACGUUCACCAAGGGCCGCUGGGUCGGCGAGAAGAUACUGGAGGUGUUCGCGCGCGAGUUUCGCGCCCACCCGGCGGAGGAGUACGAGCGCUGCAUACGCGCCGGCACGCUCACGGUCAAUUAUCAAAAGGUCGACGUCGACUACAGGCUGCGACACAACGACCUUCUCGCGAAUGUCGUUCACAGACACGAGGUGCCAGUCACCUCGGAGCCGAUCACGGUGAUACACAUGGACGAGGACGUCGUCGUGGUCAACAAGCCCGCAUCCAUUCCUGUACACCCGUGCGGUCGCUACCGACACAACACGGUAGUCUUUAUCCUGGCCAAGGAGUACGGCUUGAAGAACCUGAGGACGAUACACAGGCUGGAUCGGCUAACCAGCGGCAUACUGCUGUUUGGCAGGACGCCCAAGAAGGCCAGACAGAUGGAGCAUCAAAUUAGAAAUCGACAGGUGAAAAAGCAAUACGUCUGCCGAGUCGAGGGCGAGUUCCCCGAGGAGGAGAUCGUGUGCACGGAACCGAUCGAGGUCGUCAGCUACAAGAUCGGCGUGUGCAAGGUCUCGGAGAAGGGCAAGGACUGCAUGACCAAGUUCAAGCGGCUCAGCUACAACGGCCAGACGUCGGUGGUGCUGUGCAAGCCCCAGACCGGACGCAUGCACCAGAUCCGCGUCCACCUCCAGUACCUCGGCUAUCCCGUGGUCAACGAUCCGCUCUACAAUCACACGGUGUUCGGGCCCGUCAAGGGCAAGGGCGGCAUGAUCGGCAAGAGCGACGAGGAGCUGGUCAAGGACCUGAUCGGCAUACACAACGCCGAGAACUGGCUGGGCAUGGACGGCGACUCGGAGAUGAGCCUGUUCAAGACGACCAAGCUCGAGCUCGACGACAGGCUGCCCAGCAGCGACAAGGAGGGCUCGCCCUCGUCGACGCCCAGUCUGAACGACGAGGAGCAGCAGCAGCAGCAGCAGCAGGUUCAGUCGACGUCGUCGCCGUCGUCGCAGGAUCAGAGCGCCACGAGCACUACCAGCACCGGCACCAGCACCAGCACCAGUACCAGUACCAGCACCAGCACAGUUCAGCAGACGCCACAGCCAUCGUUGAAAGUCACCGUAGGCACGCAGACGGGCUCCGAGCCACCGGACUCGAUCUUCUCCAACGACAAGGUGACCGUGGACCAGCACUGCUACGAGUGCAAGGUCAAGUAUCGCGACCCCAAGCCGUCGGACCUCGUGAUGUACCUGCACGCGUGGCGCUACUGCGGCCCCGGCUGGGAGUACGAGACCCCGCUGCCCGCCUGGGCGGCCAGCGACUGGGCGCCGGCCGCCAGCAGCGACGAGCAGCAGCAGCAGCGAUAGUUAUUAUCGUCGUCGUCGGCUCGAAUUUAUUGUUUAUCAUUAUAAAAAAAAAACAACUUUUUUUUUUCUUUACUUUUAAGAUGUAUAACGUGCGACUGUGAGCGCGAGAGAGAGAGUGUGUGAUUAAACGUUAUUAAUGGACACGAGGAUGAUGGUCAUGAUGGUUGGAUUUGUCGUCACUUUUUUCCCCCUAAAUCCUGUACUUCGCGUCCUUUGUAAAAGGACGGGAGGAUGCGCGCUUCUUAGGGCCUGUUAUACGGAGAAAAUGCAAAUGUCGUGUUAAUGCGUGCGAGCGAGUGUAAGAAACGGAAAUUUGUUUCCUUUGUUGAAUUCCUUGUUUUGCUCGUGAUAUAUAUAAAUUUAUAUAUAAAAGAAAAUAAAACGUAAAAAUAAACGAAAAGCUCGAAUUCCAGUGCACGAAGUGAUUAAAUGAUAAGAAUUUGUUUGUUGUUAAUUGUUUUACGAAUUACUUACGAGGAUUUGUUGACGAGAGAAGUUGGUUAAAAGUAAAAGGAAACUAAAGUGAAAAAGAAAUUAAUUUAAACAGUUGCCUCGAAAAAAUCGACCUAUCGCUGUUGUCGUUGCUAUUGCAAUGAAUUUUCAUUACGAAAUUUCUAUACACACGAAAAAAAAAUUAUAAUAACCACAUGUUGUGCAGGAUUUGCAAAUGCUAUCAGUUGAUUCUGUAAUGCCUAGUUUGGUGAUAGUAAUUUAAGUAUUUAGACGUAGCACUUAGUAAUUAGUUUAAUGAAGUGUAUAAUUUUUACGAAAUCCAAUCAUCAUCCUCUCUACCCAUAUUAAGCUUUCGUGGAAGAAGUAAAAAAAAUGUAUACAGUACGAAUUUGCGCUGAAAGCAAUUAAAAUGAAAGAGUAAUGUAUAGUUUUAACGUUUCUACCCUGUGCCUUUUAUCGUUUUCUGCGAAUGACAAAAAGUAAAUUUUGAAUGAACAUAGCAAAAAAAAGA